GCCUGCCUCUCCGGUUUGGGGGCAUGGAGGCCUCUCUGGGUCUCUUGGUCUCCCCCAGCUCCUCAAAAGCUGCAGAAACCAUCCAGUAGUUAUGAAGAUGACUCAGAAGCAUUUGCUGAACAAGUUUUUAUUUAACCCAGAAACAGAUAGGAACUUUGCCAAGGCUGCCCAGCAGACUGGUAUUCAAACCUGCCCCUCGGGAAUCUGCAGGCAGCAGCUCCAGCUUGCACGGGUUCCCACUGGGCCCACUUUCUCUUCUCGGUGUCGUCAGAGCUCCAGGGAGGGACCUGGGUAGACAGAGAAGCCGGAAACAGUGGCUAGGGCAGCCACUGCUUACACUGGAGAGGAAGGACGGGAAAGGAUUGUGUGCACCCUCCCAACCCCAGAUCAUGUCUCUGUGGGGUCUGGUCUCCAAGAUGCCCCCCGAAAAACUGCAGCGGCUCUAUGUCGACUUUCCCCAACACCUGCGGCAUCUCCUGGGCGACUGGCUGGAAAACCAGCCCUGGGAGUUCCUGCUCGGCUCAGACGCCUUCUGCUGCAAAGUGGCCAGUGCUCUCCUCUCAGCCACCAUCCAGCGCCUUCAGGCCACUGCUGGAGAACAGGGAGAGGGGAGCGCCCUCUUGCAACACAUCAGCACCCUGGAGAGCAUAUACCAGAGGGACCCACUGAAGCUGGUGGCCACUUUCAAACAAAUACUUCAAGGGGAGAAAAAAGCUGUUAUGGAACAGUUCCACCACUUGCCAAUGCCCUUCCACUGGAAGCAGGAAGAACUCAAGUUUAACACAGUACUGCGGAGGCUGCAGCACCGGGUGGGGGAGACCCGCCUUCUCCGAGAAGCCCUGCAGCAGGGGGCUGAAGCUGGCCAAGUGUCUCUGCACAGCUUGAUAGAAACUCCUGCCAAUGGGACUGGGCCAAGCGAGGCCCUGCCAGUGUUGCUGCAAGAGGCUGUGGGGGAGCUGGAGGCCGCCCAGGCCCUGGUGCUGAAGAGGAUCCAGAUUUGGAAACGGCAGCAGCAGCUGGCAGGGAAUGGAGCACCCUUCGAGGAGAGCCUGGCCCCUCUACAGGAGAGGUGUGAGAGCCUGGUGGACAUUUACUCCCAGCUGCAGCAGGAGGUGGGGGCGGCUGGUGGGGAGCUGGAGCCCAAGACCCGGGCAUCGCUGAUUGGCCGGCUGGAUGAAGUCCUGCGAACCCUCGUCACCAGCUCUUUUUUGGUGGAGAAGCAGCCCCCUCAGGUUCUGAAGACUCAGACCAAGUUCCAGGCUGGAGUUCGGUUCCUGUUGGGUCUGCGGUUCCUGGGGGCCCCAGCCAAGCCCCCAGUGGUCAAGGCUGACAUGGUGACCGAGAAGCAAGCAAGGGAACUGAGCAUGCCCCAGGGGCCCGGUGCUGGAGCAGAAAGCACUGGGGAAAUCAUCAACAACACAGUGCCCCUGGAGAACAGCAUUCCCGGGAACUGCUGCUCUGCCCUGUUCAAAAACCUGCUCCUGAAGAAGAUCAAGCGGUGUGAGCGGAAAGGCACCGAGUCUGUCACCGAGGAGAAGUGUGCUGUGCUCUUCUCCACCAGCUUCCCGCUCGGCCCCAACAAACUCCCCAUCCAGCUCCAGGUCCUGUCUCUGCCCUUGGUGGUCAUCGUCCAUGGCAACCAAGACAACAAUGCCAAAGCCACCAUCCUGUGGGACAAUGCCUUCUCUGAGAUGGAGCGCGUGCCCUUUGUGGUGGCUGAGCGGGUGCCCUGGGAGAAGAUGUGUGAAACUCUGAACCUCAAGUUCAUGGCUGAGGUGGGGACCAACCGGGGGCUGCUCCCUGAGCACUUCCUCUUCCUGGCCCAGAAGAUCUUCAAUGACAACAGCCUCAGCAUGGAGGCCUUCCAGCACCGCGCCGUGUCCUGGUCACAAUUCAACAAGGAGAUCCUGCUGGGUCGGGGCUUCACCUUUUGGCAGUGGUUUGAUGGUGUCCUGGACCUCACCAAACGCUGUCUCCGGAGCUACUGGUCAGACCGGCUGAUUGUAGGCUUCAUCAGCAAACAGUACGUCACUAGCCUUCUUCUCAAUGAGCCCGAUGGAACCUUCCUCCUCCGCUUCAGCGACUCAGAGAUCGGGGGCAUCACUAUUGCCCACGUCAUCCGCGGCCAGGAUGGCACCCCACAGAUAGAGAACAUCCAGCCCUUCUCUGCCAAGGACCUAUCCAUUCGCUCACUAGGGGACCGAAUCCGGGACCUUGCUCAGCUCAAAAACCUCUACCCCAAGAAACCCAAGGACGAGGCCUUCCGGAGCCACUACAAGCUUGAACAGAUGGGUAAGGAUGGCAGAGGUUAUGUCCCAGCUACCAUCAAGAUGACUGUGGAAAGGGACCAGCCACUUCCCACCCUGGAGACUCAGAUGCCUACUAUGGUGCCCACUUAUGAUCUUGGAAUGGCCCCUGAAUCCUCCAUGAACAUGCAGCUCAGCCCAGAUAUGGUGCCCCAGGUGUACCCACCACACCCUCACUCCAUCCCCUCAUAUCCAGCCCUCUCCCCGGAAGAAUCGGUCAAUGUGUUGCCACCCUUCCAGGAACCUCACCUGCAGAUGCCCCCUCGCCUGAGCCGGAUUAGCCAGUCCUUUGACCAGCCUCACCCCCAGGGCCUGAUGCCGUGCCAGCCGCAGGAUCAUGCUGUGUCCACCCCUGAGCCCCUGCUCUGCCCAGAUGUGACCAUGGUGGAAGAAAGCUGCCUUAGCCAGCAGGUGGAAGGGUUCCCUCAGGGUACCUGGGUGAGUGAAGACAUGUUCCCUCCCCUGCUGCCCCCUACUGAACAGGACCUCACCAAGCUUCUCCUGGAGGGGCAGAGGGAGUCAGGUGGAGGGCCCUUGGGAGUUCAGCCCCUUCUGCAGCCCUCCCGCUAUGGGCAGCCUGGGAUCUCCAUGUCCCACCUGGACCUAAGAGCCAACCCCAGUUGGUGAUCCCAGCUGGAGGGGAAGCCCAGAGAGACAGCUAUUCUACCCCCACGGGACCUGCUCUGGACACCUGCCCAUGCUCCUGCCAAGCAGCACAUGGGGAGGGUGCCCUCCCACCCCCACCCCCUCCCCGGCCAAGAGACUUUGCCAGGGGAAUACACUGUGGGUGGAGCAGAUCCACUCCUUUCCUCCCACCCCAACAGACACAUACCCCAGCCACCUCCUUCCAGCACAGGAAGGGAAGUUCAGGCUUCAGUGUGGGACACACUCCAACCUGCUUGCACAUACAGAACACACACACACAAACACACACACACACACACACAGCUCUCCUUGGAAGACAGGGCUGGGCAGGAUGGGAGCUGGGCAGCAGCGCAGGUCAGGGCAUGGAGUGCUUCUCCGCCCAUUCUGUGCCAGGGCCCAGGACGCACAUGUAGAAAAAAAACAGACACGUGCACACAUUCGCACCAGAGGCUGGGGAUGGAAUGGAAAGGCUGGGGCUCAGCCCUGGGGGUAAGGAGAGGAGGGGUCUGUACAUUUGGUUACUGAUGUGGGUUCUGACCAGAUUAAAAAAAGAAACAAAACAUCCCAAACCACCCCAAAUUCCUGCGUCAGAUGGAGGCUUUUGGUAUGUGUAUGAGAUUGUAUACAAGUAAGUAUAAAUGCCAUUUCUUCAUGUA